AGUAUAUUAUACCAUGCCCUAUUCUUAUCAGCAUUAACUUAUACUUAUUUAUUAUUAGCAUUCCUAUUCUGCCUAUUUCCAGGCUGCAACUGAAAAAGCUGACUGAUUGCUGUGGGUCACUGCCCCUUUCAACGAAAAAAACCACAUGGAUGACAUGGCUUCUUCUGUACCUGGCCCGGUCCAGGUUGUGUUGGUACAAAAGGAUGAUCAUUCUUUCCAGCUGGAUGAAGAAGCUCUGGCCUCUGUACUACUUCAGGAUGAUAUUCGGGAUCUGGAUGUUGUGGUUGUGUCAGUAGCAGGUGCUUUUCGCAAAGGGAAGUCAUUCCUGUUGGACUUCAUGCUGAGAUAUGUCUACAGUCAGAAAGAAGGUGGGGAAAAGAACUGGCUGGGUGGUGAAGACGAACCUCUUACUGGCUUCUCCUGGAAGGGGGGUUCUGAGCCAGACACCACAGGCAUUCAGAUCUGGAAUGAGGUCUUCACUAUGGAAAAACCUGAUGGCAAGAAGGUGGCUGUAGUACUCAUGGAUACACAGGGGGCAUUUGAUAGUCAAUCAACCGUAAAGGACUGUGCCACAAUAUUUGCUUUGAGCACCAUGACCAGCUCUAUUCAGAUUUACAAUUUAUCUCAGAAUAUACAGGAGGAUGAUCUGCAGCAGCUACAGCUGUUCACAGAGUAUGGACGUUUGGCCAUGGAUGAAAUCUUCCUGAAGCCUUUUCAGACCCUGAUGUUUUUAGUUAGGGACUGGAGCUUCCCAUAUGAAUACCAUUAUGGAACAGAAGGAGGGAUGAAAUUCUUAGAGAAGAGAUUAAGGGUGAAGGAACAUCAGCAUGAAGAAAUACAAAAUGUGCGAAAACACAUUCAUUCUUGUUUCACUACCGUCAACUGCUUUCUGCUUCCACACCCGGGAUUAAAGGUGGCAACCAGUCCACAGUUUGAUGGUCGCCUGAAAGAUAUUGCACCUGAGUUCACAGAGCAGCUUCGAGAUCUAAUGCCUCUUGUUUUAAGUUCCGAAUGCCUUAUGGAGAAGGAAAUUAAUGGUUCUAAGGUGACCUGCAGGGGUCUGUUGGAAUAUUUUAAGGCCUACAUCAAAAUUUACCAAGGUGAAGAUUUGCCUCACCCCAAGUCAAUGCUGCAGGCCACGGCAGAGGCAAACAACUUGGCUGCUGUAGCAUCUGCUAAAGAUUUGUACAGCAACAGCAUGGAAAAGACUUGUGGAGGUGAAAAGCCAUAUGUUUCCCCUGAUGUCCUACGAGAGCGCCAUGCUGUCUGUAGUGAAGAGGCUCUCGCGCAAUUUGACCGUGCCAAAAAGAUGGGGGGCACAGACUUCAGCCGACAAUAUCGAGAGGAGCUAGAGAAGGAUAUGGAUGAGAUGUACAUGGCUCUCUGUAAACACAAUGAAAGCAAGAAUAUUUUUACUGCAUUCCGCACCCCUGCUGUUCUUCUGGCUCUUGUGGCUGCCUUAUACAUGGCCUCUGGAAUAACAGGCUUUGUGGGGCUUGGGGUGUUGGCACAGCUGUUUAAUUGUGCUGUGGGUCUACUGCUCAUUGCACUCCUCACUUGGGGCUAUAUUAAAUAUUCAGGACAGUACCGAGAUCUUGGUGGAGUCAUCGAUACUUCUGCAGAGUAUGUUUUGGAACAGGCCACAAACCGGAUGGGGAACUCUACCCGGCUUUUUACAGAAUCUGCCAUUGGUGCCCCUCCUGAGAGGAAGAAACAUAAGUAGCAAAGACAACGUAAGUGGGGGAGGAGAGUUCACAUUCGUUCAUCUCCUGCGCCCAUUCCUGCUUGAAACACAGCUGCAGCCAAUCCACAGAUAUCACCAGUGAUCCACCCCACCACUGGAUCUGCACUUUCCUUGCGUUGCAUUCACCUAUCAAAUACAUGUUGCAUGCAACAACCUAAAAGAUUUACAUUUCCAGUUAUUUGACCUAAAAAUGCAGGGGAUCUAAUAUAAUGAUUUGCAUACUUUGCACUUAAGUGUUGCACAAAUGUAAUGGUUACUGCUAUCAUCAGACCUAAAUGCUAAGUAUUGAGGCACAUUCGCAUGAGGAGUUUUAUGGCAUUAACACAAAUUGUCUUUAAACAAAUUUGCCAUAAAAUGCCCCAUGAACCAUUACCCUAAAGAUGCAAUAUAACUCCAGGUUCACUGAGAAAUAGCACAGUUAAGUAUGUUUAUUAUUACAACAUUUAAAAACCAAGGAAAACUUACGCACUUCCAUGGAGGCCGCCUUAUAUAGAGAAUCACUGUGCACCUUUUUUGAAAUGAUUGUUUUUUGUUUUUUUUGUAAGGGCCAAAUAUUAUUAAUAUUUAAAAGAUAAAACUAAUUUUACGACGCACGGAAGUAGAGAGUGACCAAGUGACAGAAAUAAAAUAUUUGUUAACUUUAAAGGCUAGAAAUAAUGAUUGCAUCCAGUUUAUUAAUAAAUAGUGAUGCUUGGAUUGGAACUCUCCAAACCCAACCCCACCCUAACCUGUUCCUACUCAGCCUAGGUCUGAUUCAGCCCAGGGUUGAAAAGGGUUUCAAAGACCCAAGUAUGACCUGCCCCUUCGGCUGACAUCAGAUUUAACAUCAGAAUUGUGAGGGGGGCUUGGCUCGGGGAACCCCUUUUUCACAUACAAAGGGGUAAGCUAUUGGAAUUCCAUUAAUAUCACACAAAAAAAGUUCUGUUCUGCUGCAGUGGUAGCUCAUAUUCCACUUAAACCUGUCCGACCUAGCACAGAACAUUUCCCCACUGAACAUUUCCACAGAUUUUUCAGCCAAACAGUGUGGCAGCAUUAACAUAAGGUAAUGUGACUGGUAAUUUCUAAUAAGAAUCUGUAUAGAGUUGAGGAAAUUCUGAAUAUGUUGCUAAAUCUACUGAGUUUAUGAUUUAUUGGUCAUUGUAAGUUGUAAUGAUGGGCUGUAUGGCUUCACCAAGUGAUCGGGUUUAUUAACUGAAUUUGAGAAUACUGGACCUAGAACUUUCUUAGCCAUUAUGGUUGCCCAAUUGUUCAGUGAGACAGUCUUUUAGGUGUUGGGUCAGCAUUGGCCAUAUAACAAAACGGUUCUAGUUUUUCCCAACAAAUGGGAAUGCGCAACAUUACUUUUAUACUGCUCUUUCUGCCCCACACCUUUUGGAAAUUGCAAAGGGCCUUUGGGGUGGGUGCAGUUAAUAAUAUAAUAGUACAGUUCAUAGUGUAAAGGAACAAUGUCUUUAAAGGUGGACUAACCAGAAAACGCAUGCUAACAGAAAAAGGAACUCCCUUGUUGAGAAGUUAUUAUAGGCUUUUUUACACUACAUUCUGUGGCAUACAUUUUGACCAUACUGUUUUUUAAUCAGUGUUAUUUUUCGAUAACCACUUUUUUGGGGGGGGGGGUCAAACAGGAGUAUUCAUGGUUUACUGUGCAAUCUAAGCUGUACAAACAUUUUAGACUCUCUUUAUUAUUUACUAAUGCAGCACAAAUAAGAACUAGUGUGUUAACCCAUAGCAACCAAUGAAAUGCUCUGUUUGGCAGAGUUUUAUGUCACCAAGCCUGGAAUUCAAAAGGAGCACCUCCUAGUUUUGAGGCCCAUAUAAAUGGGAUGGUGAGAAAAUGUUUCUUGAGAGACACUACUUGGGGUCCUGAGAUAAGUGCCCAUUUGCCCAGCAUCUGUAAAAGCCUUAUUUUAGCCAGUAUUUAAAAAUCACUGAAAAUAGAAAAAUAUUGAGUUACUGAGAGAAAUUGCACUUCAUUUUGUGCAGGCAGAUGGCCAGGAGUGGGUUAUUUCCAGUUUAAUCCAAAGCAUUUCUCUGCUGCAUCACAGGCAUAUUUUGGACUCAGUCCACCUCUGCCCAGCAGGAUACAUGACCACAAACUGGUUUUAUUUUGUGCUUGUUACACAGUAAAAGAACUAUUUGAUAUUAGUUUGAAACUGUUAGUCUUUUCAUAUUUUAUGAUCUCCAUUUUUAAGAACAUUGGGGUUUUUUUUGUUUCUUUUAUAUACAGUAUCUUACCUUAUUCCAUGAAAUACAUAUCUAUUAAAUAUUUAGAUGCUAACUAGAAUCUUGUACCUUUUUCCGGGCAUUCUGUCGGUUUUGUGUAUUUUUCAUAUAAAUGUUUGUAGAAAUAAGUGCCCACUGCAAACUAUAAAAAAGCCUUAAAUCACAGACCAAAAACAUAUUAUUAUCAACGCUAUCAACCCUACACAUUCUAUCUGUAUAUUUUUCUAAAAUCACUUACUGCCACUCUUUUAAGAUCUGUGGCAUGCAAUGUGUUCUUUGUUUAGAUUAGGGUCUUAUGAAGCAACUAACAUUUCUACUGUGUUUUCUUAUGUCUCCUAUUAAUUACAGUUUGCACAGCUUCACCAAAGCAAUGAAACAAUAUAGGGCUUUCUCCCAUGUAACACUAUACUAAAACAUGAAAGUAAUAAAUGGCAGUUGACAAGCAAGUGUCAGUAUGACUGCUUUAUAUGUAAAAAUCUAUAAAAAGACUACCAUAUGCCAUAGACAUGUCUGCAUUCCAUUAUACCUAUAGGAAAAAAAAAAUACCUAGCCAGUGCUUCUUUUUUUUUAAAUAAAAUUAGAGUUCCUCAUUCAGUGGGUAACUGCAUCUCUUCUGGAUGCUUGAGCACUUUGCUGUCAUCUGGUGCUUGUUGGGGGCUGGAAAAUCUGAUAGGCGAGAUAUACAGUAUUGUUUACACAGUUCUCCAGUCCAUCAGGCCUUUGCUAUGCCUUUUCAGCUUGGUGUGACUACUACUCCUUGUGCAGUAGAAGCGGGGAAUUGUCGAGUGUAGUCAGGCACAGGUAUGUUCGGUGGAGAAAAAAAAAGAGAAACUUUAAUUCGUUGUGCUGAAAAGCUUUCAAAGAAAAAAAGAAGAAGAAAAAAAAAAAAGCCUGUAUCUCUUUAAAACUUCUUUAGAGGAGGGGGCGGUGAUGGAACAUUCUUGUUUAUACUCCAUGUAAACUCACUAUUCCAAAAUGUGUUUUUCCAUAAUGUAUUCAUGAGUCUUAACAGGAAGCUCACAGGGAUUGUGCGUGAGAAUGAGAUUUCAUAUUCACCUUUACAUGUUGGUGGCACACAAUGUAUGCAAUAAAACUGAAUGCUAAAUUCCAAAGCUGGAAAUGUACUUGGCCAAGUUCUGGACCAAUGACCUAUUUCUUACUUUUGCUGCUUAUUUUUUUCAUUCUGUGCAUUUUAUUUUUAAUAAAUGCAAAUGCAACCA